GAAAAGCGGCGGCACUAUGCACCCCGACGCCUCAAUUCUGCAGUGAAGCGCGUCCUCGCCGGCGACAGCGCCCGCAGUGUCAGCGACAGCACCCCAAUUCCGUAUCGGACCCUUACGAAAUGGGUCGCGAAGGGGAAAAUAGGCAUCUUCCGCGCACCUGUUCGUCAUGGCCCGGCUUCGCUGCUCUCGCAACCAGCGGAGGCAUGCUUGGUCGAGUGGAUUGUCGGGCGCCAACUGGUCGGUCACCCCGCAAGUCGCAAGGAGAUCAUCUUCAAAGCCGGCACCAUGAGCUCCAUGGCCACUGGUCAAACGGUUGGUGGCGGGUGGUACCGCCGCUUCAUGGGGUGA